GUACUUCUCUGGGUGGUGUCGCGAUUGGCUGCCCUGCCGUUCUACUCCGUCAUUCGAUACGUACGCGCUUGCUGACUUAUUUUAUCGCAAUAUUUGCCAAUUAGUCCAUAUUUCCCAUCUGCAAAACGCAUGAUUGCAUUGUACUUGUCCACCCAGAGUGCCCCCCGUGUUGUUGUGUAGAGAAACCAGCUGCGAGAGCGUGCGGUCGGAGUGUGAUUUCUUGCAGGUUCUUUCGUGCCCCCGAAGAUCUCGAGAUGGAUGAUGUUAUUAGUGAUCAAGACAAAGUGAGAAUUGUGUCGGAUUUCAUACUCCACGCGCCACCAGGUGAAUUCAAUGAGGUGUUCAACGACGUCCGGGAGCUGCUGAAGAAUGAUGCGCUGCUGAAGGAAGGCGCCUCGGCCGCUUUCGCCCAGUACAACAAAGAUCAACUGACGCCCGUGCGGCUGGAGAACGCCGACCAUCCUGGCCUCAUAACAGAAUUCAAUGACUUGGGCGGCGGGCGUUUCUUCGAUCAGCGCUCCAAGCAGUCCUUCCGGUAUGAUCACCUGAGGAAGGAGGCGUCCGACUACCAGGCGCACGAGACUGACGCUGUGUCGGAGCCCUGGCGCUCCGCCCUCGAUGCCGAGGCGCUCAUUUACACGGCCACGCACUACCGGCACGGCAUUUGCUCCGUGUUCAGCCGCAGCCAGGCGGGACAGGUGACGCUGACGCUGUGCAUCGAGGAUCACCAGUUCCAGCCGAAGAACUACUGCAACGGCCGAUGGCGCUCGCAGUGGACGCUGUCGUUUGCGCCGGGCGCGGGCAGCGCUGCGGCCGAGCUGAAGGGCAUCCUGAAGGUGCAGGUGCACUACUACGAGGACGGCAAUGUGCAGCUGGUGUCGUCCAAGGAGUGCCGCGAAUCCGUGAUCGCCACGAAUCCCACGGCGACGGCCAAGGAGAUCUGCCGGCUGAUCGAGGAGGCGGAGAACGACUAUCAGACUGCCAUCUCGGAGAACUACCAGACCAUGUCGGACACCACAUUCAAGGCGCUGCGGCGCCAGCUUCCCGUGACCAGAACUAAGAUUGACUGGUCGAAGAUCAUCUCCUAUCGAAUUGGCAAGGAGCUCACGCAAUAAUAAGCCUCACUAGGCUUGCGGGCACACAUCAAUCGCGCGCGUUCAUCCCCAAAAUCAAGCAAAAACAUGAAUCCUUUAGCAGUGUUUCUUUCCCCCCGAAUGUAUUCGCAAUCAAAAGGAUGGAAGAGUGAAUCCCUCGCGAGAUUUCCACCACGAGAGGCCCGGCAAGUCCUCCGGGAGGGAUAGUUUAUAGGAGAAAUCUUUCUAGUUAAGGUGAAGAUCAUUGAUUUAUUGAGAGAAUAGUGAGAAGAACCUUAAAUCGAUUAGGGUGCUGAAUUGAUCAUGUUUUCUGUCAACUUUACACCGCCCCAUUCUCUCUCUCCCUAACUUUCCCUAACAAACAACAACAACAACAACAAAAGAUGAGAUAAUGCAAAUUGCCUAGAAAUUUUACGUAUUCUUUUCAUGUCAAUUGCCAUUGUAUUCAUAAUUCGAUUCUUCUUUUUCAAAAACAACACAACAAGAGCAUUUAAUGGAUAAGCAGGAGACAAGGAUUUUUAGGAGGAAAAGGAGACCCAAUCCUUAAUUCGCUUUUUGUAAUCUUGUGUCUUCGGCAAUCAAUAUGAAUUUUUUAGUACUACUCUACUUCGAAAUUUUGUUAUGACAUAACAUUUUUAUAAAUAAUUAUUACAACUUAUAUACAAUAAAUAAAUAAAUAUCAAA